AGGAAUAGUAGAGAGGCUUCUGUGAAACAUUUUUAUUUGAACUUUCUUGCUCCAACACAUUUAUCUUGUUCCAAUUCUAUAAGUAAAAUAAAAAUACUAUUCUUUCCUUCAACCCCUCACACAAUAUAAUAUAGCUUUUCUUUACAACUCUGCUUCCCCUUUCACUUGUGUUCAAUCAACAGGACUCAGGAUAAGCUGAUAGGCUGGAUUCUCGAGCCAUCUAACCAUCCGGUUUCCAGGGGAAAGGGAUUCUGCUAAUCCAGAGUUCGGUCGUGUGGUAAUGUAAACAUGAGAGUUUGCUUUCCUGUUAGUCAAUCUUCAAUAAAUGCUGUUGUUGUGAAUGGUCGUAGUCAGCUGCUGAUGAGUAGUAACAUCUGCAGUCUUCAGACCCGUGGAAUCUCCUCUUCACUUUCCUCCAGUUUUCAGAUCGGGCAUUCAGAGACAAAUUAUGUUGGGCUUUCUAUUUGCAGAAAACCAUCCUGUUCAACAAUUAUGGGCCAAACAAUAAGAGGAGGUUACCUUGGAUCAUGCUUCUCUAAGCAAAGGGGAAAUACUCAGCUUUAUAGUUCUGUAGUAUCUCGGAAAAGGCAUAAUGAAAUUUCAUUGUCGUGUCAAAGUAUGAGUAUGAGGCUGUUGGUACCUAAACAAAAAAUGCUUUCCAAAGUUAAGUCUAAUGUGGGACGGAUAACUUGGCCACGCAGUUGUGCAUCAGUUGGCUUUAUUUUUGGAUUGUUUGUGUGUAAUUUGAGUUCUGAACCUGCACAUGCGGAAGCAGAUUAUGGAAAUGAGAAUAAGAACGAUGACUGCGACGAGUCAAAUGUUAAAGUCGCACAUGGGAAGAAAGUUUACACCGACUAUUCUGUAAUUGGAAUACCUGGGGAUGGAAGAUGCAUGUUCCGCUCGGUUGCUCAUGGGGCCUGUUUGAGGUCAGGAAAACCGGCUCCCAGUGAAAGCUUUCAGAGAGAGCUAGCAGAUGAUUUACGGGCUAAGGUUGCUGAUGAGUUUAUUAAAAGAAGGGAAGAAACAGAAUGGUUUAUCGAAGGUGAUUUUGAUUCAUAUAUUUCACAAAUAAGGAAGCCUCAUGUGUGGGGAGGCGAACCCGAAUUGUUCAUUGCUUCACAUGUUUUGCAGAUGCCAAUCACUGUAUACAUGUAUGAUCAGGAAGCUGGUGGCUUGAUAUCAAUAGCUGAGUAUGGCGAAGAAUACGGAAAGGAAAAUCCAAUUAGAGUUCUAUACCAUGGGUUUGGUCAUUAUGAUGCAUUAGAGGUUCCUAAAAAGAAGGGUCCUAAGUCACGGCUCUAGCAUUUCAUAUUUCAAAUGUUGAAGAGAUUUAAAUCAUGUAUUAAUUUGAUUUAUUCACAUUUAUAACUUCAUGUAUAGAUCUAGUCGCAACUUGCAAGACACCCAAAAUGCAGCAUUAUGGUCACAAGGGCUAGUGAAUAAAUGAUACUCACUAACAAUCAGGGAUGAGUCUUGAAUUGGUUAGUUUCCCACAACAUUGUAAACAAGGUUCGAACCUGGCCAAACCUAUUUGGGCUGGCCUGAUGGUGUUUGCUUGGGACCUUGAAGUGUGGUCCUCUUCAAGGUCUCGGAUUCGAUUCUCCUUGGUGCCAA